UCCCGACGGACCCGCCACCUCCCACGCCCUCCCCUUUCCCUCACGCGAGGCGUGACACACCCCUGCUUCUGCCUUGGGUCACCACCCGCGAGGCUCUGGGGGACCGCGGCCUAGAGUCCCCACCCAUCACCUUCUGCUGCCCAGGCAGGCAGCCGAGGUACCCCAACGAGAGGUUCUUCCAGCCGACACGGGCUUCGCCUGGGCGCCCCAAGCGGCCGAACUGGCCAAGAUGGCGCGGCCUGCGGAGGUCGGGCGCGGCGGGCCGCGGGGGCGUCUGGGAGUUGUAGUCCAGGUUCGAGGGCUGACGCACUUCGCCGUGGGCCAACGGACGCCAUUGUGCGGCGCGGGCCGGGACUCUGCUCACUCUCCAGGGAGACACACUGAGGAGGAGGAGGAAAGUAUGGCCUCCAGGCUUUCGACGUGCUCGUUCUGUGAACCGGUGAUCUUUGAAGAUAUAACAAUGGGUUUUACCCCGGAGGAGUGGGGACUGCUGGAUCUCAAUCAGAAGUCCCUGUACAGGGAAGUGAUGCUGGAGAACUACAGGAACCUGGUCUCAGUUGAGCAUCAGCGUUCCAAGCCAGAUGUGAUAUCUCAGUUAGAAGAGGCAGAAGACUUCUGGCUGGUGGAGAAAGGAAUUCUACAAGACACCUUUCCAGAAUAUCCUGAGACUCAGCUGGACCCUGAAAUUAAUUAUCUUCCUUCUGAAAAUCCCCUGACAAAAAUCAGAGUUGUUGAGGUCCUCACACUGAACCAGGAAGUGGCUGGACCCCGGAAUGCCCAGAUCCAGGCACUCUACGCCGAAGGCAGAAGCCUGAGCCCAGAUGUCUGCAAUAAGCCAGAUCCGCAGCCAGGCAGCCACCCAUCUGACACUGAUAGCGCUCGCCAGAAAUUCCGGCAGUUCCGUUAUGAAGAGGCUUCUAGUCCCCAAGAGGCACUGGCCUUGCUUCGUGAGCUGUGUCACCAGUGGCUGCAGCCUGAAGCACACUCCAAAGAGCAGAUCCUUGAGCUACUGGUGCUGGAACAGUUCCUGGGUGCCCUACCAGGGAAGCUCCAGACGUGGGUGGAGUCACAGCACCCAAAGGACUGCCAGGAGGCAGUGGCCCUGGUGGGUGAUGCGACCUGGAUAUCCAAGGAAGAAGCACCACCUGCCCAGCAACCUGUCUGUUCUCCUGAGGUCAGUUCUCAACAGAAGGAGCAGGAUACAGCUACUGUGGCGCUACUGCCUGAAGAGCCUGUGACCUUUCGAGAUGUGGCUGUCGACUUCAGCCAAGAGGAGUGGGGGCUGUUGGGCCCAACACAAAGAACCGAAUACCAUGAUGUGAUGCUGGAGACCUUUGAGCAUCUCGUCUCUGUGGGAUGGGAGACUACACAGGAAAACAAGCAGCUGAUUUCAAAAUCCAAUACUCCUGAGGAAGAACCAGGUCAUGUCCUGAAAGUGAAAGAAAGGGACGCUAAUGGGUCCUCUGUCCCAGAAGAGGUCUUGCAGAAUGAGGCCCCUGAAGUCCCUGACAGAGCAUCAGAACAAGGGGAAUUCCCUCAGGCAAUAGCCCACCCUCAGAAGCAGCACUGUAAACGCCCUGAAUCUCAGGCAGGUGCAGAUCUCAAAACAAGCCAAGUUUCAAUCCAGAAAAUUCCUUUUAGAAAACGUUUGCGCAAACAUGUCUCAUGGGUUAGGAACACAGCAUGUACUUCACAGAAGAACUGCGAAAGGGAAAAGGCCAAGAAAGGCAGUGGUUGUAAGAAAGCCUUCAACCAAAAUGUUCAGCAGAUUACAUUCAUAAGACUUCACAAGGGGAGCCAAAUCUGCCGAUGCAGUGAAUGUGGCAAAAUGUUCCGAAAUCCAAGGUACUUUUCUGUACAUAAAAAAAUCCAUACAGGAGAGAGGCCCUAUGUGUGUCAAACCUGUGGGAAAGCAUUUGUUCAGAGCUCAUCCCUCACACAGCAUCAGAGAAUUCAUAGUGGAGAACGACCAUUUGAAUGUCAAGAGUGUGGGAGGACCUUCAAUGAUCGCUCAGCCAUCUCCCAGCACUUGAGAACUCACACUGGAGCUAAGCCCUAUCAGUGCAAGGACUGCGGGAAAGCCUUCCGGCAAAGCUCCCACCUGAUCAGGCAUCAGAGGACUCACACUGGAGAACGCCCAUAUGUGUGCAGCAGAUGUGGAAAGGCCUUCACCCAAAGCUCACAUCUUGUUGGACAUCACAAAACACACAGUGGGAUGAAGUGGAAGAAUAAAGAGCCUACCCCGUAGCCUCAAGCCUACUGGAUCUUGCAGUGUAACAUGCACAAGCCUGGUAAUUUAGCACUGAAUGUGAAAGCAAAGCACUGAGUGAUUACAUUCCCAAGACCAAAGGCCAAAACAUUCAAAAUACAUUUAUCAAUGGGAAUAAAAAAGUUAUUUCUAAUUUAUUGUUAUUCACUCAUUCAUUUGAUCACUAAAAGUGGUAUUACUGAAUUUUGAAAAUACUUGUAAUUUUAAAAGCCAGAUAGCAAAUAAUCUGUGCCCUGGUUAUUAUGCUUCUGAUGAAUAUUUAUGUGGAUGGAUAAAGACUAAAACAGA